CCUAACAUUCCGUUUUCGUUGUCAGUUUGUAAUGUAAUGUGUACGCAAAUAAAAAAUGUAUGUAAUGAUUGCGACGUAAAAAUUGUAGGCAUUUUGGUUUUUAUUAAAAUUGUAAUUUACAAAUCAAACGGUAAAUUGUUGUAAAGUGAAUAUCUAAUGUUAGGGCACUGUGAAAUAAAUCGUUAAAGUUAUUGAACAUUUAAAAUUUUUCUAAUACAGGAAUAUAACAGUCCAAAUUAUGAACUUAUUCAAACAAGGUAUGAAGGGUCCAACAAGACCAGCACCUGCUGUCCCAGGGAAUGCAGUUAAUCGGUAUUCUCCUGUAACUAACUGGGACAAUGAUCCAUUUGGUGCCGAUGUGUUUGAACCUUUGCCACAUCAACAAAAGAAGAAGCCUCCUCCGCCUAGACCUCCACCACCAAAAAUUAACUCCAGACAGCCUGACAUACCAGUCAAGCCCUCCCAUUUUAUCAGAAGACCUACAGUGCUAAGUUCUUUAUUGUCCCGUAAAACGAAACAAUCAAGCAACCAAAAUGUUAAUCAGCAACACACAAUACCUGAAUUUACUAGUGAUAUGGACACUAAAUUUGCAAAAUGUGAGCCAAAGAAUGUUCAAACUGGUGCUUUAAUAGAUUUAUCCUCUCCCCCAAGUUCCCCAACGUUUACCACAAGGUCCAGCAGCGAUGGACUCAGUGUGGAUAGCUUUGGUUCAGAUGCCACAACAUCAACAAACCAUCCAAAUGCACAUAAUGGGAAUGCUUCACAAGCUGAGAGUGGUUUUGAAGAUGACUUUGAUCUCUUUUUGAAUUCUAGAAAGAGUAGAGAGGAGACAGUCGAUGAUUUCACGGCUCUGGAUCCAUUUUCACCACAGACUAGUGUCACAAAACCUCCUAUAUUGAAAAAACCUUCACUUCUGAAGGAUCCAUUUGACCUGUCUAAUAUCAGCCAGCCUCAUGUUCCUUUGCUAAAAGGCCCCACAAUAAUCAGAGCAAAACCUGCGAGGCCAAAGCCUCCUGAUAGUGCUGCAAUUUUGAAGAAUACUUUUGGUGAUAGCUUCCCAGUGACCACAAUGACUGUUAACACAACAACACCAAUAAAGAAGGUCAGCAGUCUUGGAGAUAGUUUUGAAUCCAAACCAUUCAACUGGGAUGACGAGUGUUCUCCUGAAAGAGAGUGUUCGCCGCCCAUGCCGACUAUACCGCCUCCACCGCCGCCACUUGUGACAGAAGAGGAAGGCAUGAGUUGGCCAAGUGAUGAAGUGGAUACACGCUGCCCCAAUACCAAUGAUGAUGAGGAACCAUACGCGCUCGCGCUCUUCGACUAUUUUACUGACCAUCCUGAUGAUUUGUCGUUUACGGCCAAAGCCAAGAUCAAGUUGAUACGACGCGUGGACCACGAAUGGUUAUAUGGCAGCCUGAGGAACGGUCUUCAGGGGUUAUUCCCGUCGAACUACGUAGAGAUUAAGAUACCACUUCCAAACGAAUCGAUGCCAGCGCCGCCUCUGCUGGGCACAGCCGUCGCGCUGUACGACUUCGAGCCCGACCAGCCCGGGGACCUUCGCUUCCUCACCGGCGACACGAUACUGGUGCGAUACAAACUCAACGACGAAUGGUACUUCGGCGAGUGCAACGGUGCCAAGGGACAGUUUCCCGUUAACUACGUCAAAAUGGGAUAGUCAGCAUGGUAUCCCGACCAUGGUUGAGGUAUAUUUGUGAUAAAACUAAAGGAAGACUGACGUCGACCAUAUCACGAUGCCACUAUUUUAUAAACAGCUUUACAUCUAGCUUUUAAAUGAUGGCAAGAAUUAGUCUACUUGCUGGAAUUGAUAUUUUUUUUUGCUACACGAUAAGGUGGCGAUGUGGAACUCUUCCGAAAAACAGGUGUUUGUAAUCUUCCCUAAACAAAGUCUGUCGAGCCAUUGAUUAUGUACAAUUAUUGAAUGAUGUGCGUCCAUGAUUAGGCGCUAAUGUUGCCAUAAUAACAUAUUGUGUAAGUGUCCACUAACAUACUCUAGUUGCAAUUUUAAAGGAAUCGAUCCGAUUAAAAGGUGUAGUUGUGCGUGCUUCUCACGACCGAGCGAACGACUGAUUGUAUAUAGAGCUUGUAUAAACGUCCUUAAUAUAGAUUGUAAGUAUUACGAAGAUUUAUGUUCUGAUGUAACGGUUGUGUAAUAUAGUCUAUUCGAUCUGACCCUUAGCUCUAAUUUUGUCUAUGUCAUGUACAUUUAUUUGUAAAUCGUGGUAUCCAUAUACUUUCUGAUCAAAGUGUGGCAUACUUUGUAGGCAUGGUCCAAAUAGGUAUUCUUUAUCUGAUAUCGCGAAAUUACUUUUCAUUACGCUUAUUGUUUCCAUUAUCUUUGUCUAUAGAGAUGACAAUGAGUAACGUUUUAUUUAUUUAUGCCUUAUCUUUACAUUUUAUUGUGUUAAUUGUAUAUUUUCGAAUUAAUGCGACACGAAUGUUUACAAUAUCAACUUGCGUUUCGCGUUACACAUAUUGUACAUAACGAUUAUUUUCUUGAAUAGAUUGGUAUCUUAUUAGUUAUUGAGUUUGCUUUAUUUAUAAGAUCAUUAUUUGGUGGGACCAUAAUUUUAAGUGCCUUGAGUAAAUGUGCAUAUAAUGAAUUUAUUUAUAUAAUGAUAAAAUAAAAAAUAUUUCCAAAUGUA